AUGCGACACAAUACCGCGGUUACUCGGCGCAUCCACCUCCUCCCACACAUCGGUACCCGCAAAUCCCCACGUCUGAAUAUCGACCGUGCCCGCAGUCGGGAGUCCAACAGCACUCAUAUUGUCAACAGUGAUCUGCCAAGUGCCCUCCGUAAUCCUGACACCACAGAGAAUGCGAACGGUGGUCGGGUCGGUUGUUUUGGUAAGGAGGUUCGCGAAGAGAUCGUGCAGCGUGCAGCCGCUUUGCCAGUUUCCGCGAAGCCCGAAGGCGUCGUAGCGCUCCAGUCUCGAGAUCCACCAUGCGGCGCCGGCGGGGAUUUGUUCGCCGAAGUUGCCGUACUCGUUGAUGUUUACUUGGCGCGAGGGGAGAUCUUUGUCCACCAGGUGUUGGUGUUAACGGGGGAGCCGGCCAGUGUAGGGCCUGAGAUGAGGACGUCGUUGAAAUCCGCGUCCUCUCUGUUAGGAAUCAAGGUGCAUAUUAGCGUCGAGUUCUCUCGAGGGAAUUGUAGAAGGAGAUACAUGUACGGAUACAUACCGGAGAAUCUUAUGCGUCCGAACAUACAAGUCAAGCCACUGCUGCUGAGUCCGAGCCCAGAACGUCGUCCCAUCAGGUUCAUUCCAAAUAUCCCACACCAACCCCUCAAGCGCAUCAUUAGCCUUAAGAUCAGCCAUGAGCGUACUCAGGAACAAAUCAUAAUUCGUCCAAUCUCCAUCAUCACCCGGCCACACCGUCGACGAAUUAGCAUGAUCCGUGCCCCAAAUAUCAUGCGGCAGCAGAAUAAAGUCCGCGCCGUACUUGCGACAGCCGCGGUCCGGCGCAUCGAGCUGUGCGCCGCCGGCUCGGCCGUAAUUGAAUCCCAUGUCCGUGUACCAGUGGUCGGGGAUGAAGUCGGCCGUGUCUGGGAUUCCAUAGAUGAAGCCGGCGGCCCAUGGGGCGGCGAGGAGGAGUGCUAG